AUGGAUCUUGCAAGUGAUAAGACUCCUGGAACAACUGGAAUGAAUGGGCCAGUUGAAUUAAUAGUUGCAUACGGUCACCGACUAAAAUUACAUCGCGUCAAUUCUAAAGACAAACUAAACAAUGCCUUUGUAUCAAACACCGUUGACCACGAAAAGAAACGAAGCGUUAGCAAAUUGCCGAGAGUGAAGAAAGCGCCAUUAUACUCAAACGUUGACAAAAAUGCUGCAAAACCUUUUGUACAUUUGGACAAUUCAGGGAGUGAACCAGAGAAGACGAAGCCCAGUCACAUACCCAGGCGUAAAACUGGCUCAGUGAGCCCAACUCCAAAACACAAUACAAGCAGACCAGACAGCAGCUACUUUGGAAGCGACUCUCCAAGAAUACAGAGACUUCAAGUGCCCAAUAUUCCGGACUUCCACCAAGAUGAACACAUACCUACAACAUCAAGACCGAUUCCGACCCUAGGCCAGAUUUACAGACGCAACAAUAUCAUCAUAGAUGGAGAUAGAUUUUACGAUUGGUUCAUGGAAUUAGAUACUCCAGUGAAUUCAUUGGAGUCCAAUCCGAGGAAUACACAGCGAUCGUCGACUGACAGCGCUGAUACUGCCCAAAGUGUAAUUAAUGUCGAAAUCAAUAAGCCGUGUUUUGGCGAAACCGUAAAACCCAAAGUGGUGUUUGGCGCCAACGUUUAUAAAACGACGAAUGACAACAUCAGCAACUGGCUCUCAAGCGAACUUGAGUACCCUAAUAAAGACAAUGAAUCUGGCUAUCGCUCAAUGAGCCCACACAGCCGCGGAGCGAUUAAUAUUGAAUCUAAAUCCGACGAAAAUGUGAAACAGUCCAAUGAAAAUUAUUGUUUAGGUUUGGCCAAAACCAGCGAGUAUACAGAACCCAGCGAGAGGGAAGCGAGCAACGAAAACAACAUUGGGGAGCCUUUUGAAAACGCCGCCUUUGAGCCAAGCGAUACGUGGAGCAGCCGACCGUGGUCAUCUCGAGAUUACACGACGACGGGGUCCGUUUUCGCGGGCCGGAGUGUCAACAAGGUCGACAAGGGCUUAGGACCGAUUGUUAUAUGCAGAUCUGAAUUCAGCAAGAACCUUCAAUUUCCGUCGAUGACGGUGGCAGACUCAAAAGAUGAAAAGCAAGCCUUUGCUCCUUCGUACGUGGAAUGUCCGUCCGAGAUUCUGCAAAAAACGACUAACUUUGAAGGAGAUGGCAUCGAAUCCCCAAAAACCCUUAGCAGCCUCGCUUGCACUGACUUAGAAAUUCAUGACGACUACUCAAGCCAGUACACCUUGGAGAACGUUGACGACUGCAACCUCGAAGACCAGGCCACCACCGCCUGGUGUCCCGCCUGUAGGUCGCAGAGCUGCAUGACCUUUAUCAAGUCCGAGGAGUCUGAAAACACUACCUUGCAGAACUCCUUCUGUGGCUGUCGCGGGGAUAAGAGCGGAGUGAAGGCUUCAGUUGUUGAUUCAGAUAGUAAAAUCCACCGUGAAAAACUUAAGUACUGCCGCCUCUGCGGGAGGAGAAACUCGCUGACCCUCCACGGUGACGUCAGGAAGUACUGCAAGAAGCACUCCAGAUACCGGCGGUUCCCCAGCUAUAGAUACAAAAUUGCAAGACCUUUCGACUCUCUACGCAAGCACCUGUCCAUCACUCGCAUAUGCAGGCACCGCUGGAACCACGUCUGGAAGAAAACCGCCGCUAGAUGGACCAACAGGUCCAAGUCACAUUCGAAACUUGGAAAGUUUCGUAUGCUCGAAUACCUUCAAAGUUCUAUCAUCUGGGAGGACGUGGAUGUCCAGACACUGACACUUGUGUACAGAGAAACAGGGACUCAUACCAAUGUAAUGCAACAAAAAUCAGCCGGUAUUAGCGCCUUCAUCAAGCAAUGUACAUCUGCAAAGAAAACUGACACGGGUGGAGUAGGCACUUCUGCGAAAAGUUUCAAGUCAAGAUUCAAGCAAAUUAAUCUUGGUCCUUCCAGAUUUCCCUUCUUUUAUAAUUCAAAACGGAAGUCGAUGCCGUUGAAGAAAGUUGACGAGUCGUCCAAAACGAUCCACCGGUUUUUCAGCUACCCGGAGAACCAGAAUAAAUUCGUGGAAGCGGUCGAAUCCACGCGCUGUAACAAUGUCACAUGUUUAUGCGAUGAUUCGCUGCAAACUACGAAUGCAAAUACAAGUCCAAUCAAUUUUCAUAAAUUGCGGACAAUGGACACCAAUUUAGGAACCCAAGUGAAGAUCAUGAAUUCGAUCGACAACAAAUUGACAAGCGCACCACAUUCAAUACAAAAGUCCAGCCUAGACCAACCGAGAGAUGCGGCCACGCAAGUUUUGCUCACUUGCAAUAAUAUUGAAACUGAUAUAUCUUUCGCGCCUAUAUUCGAGAACCAAUCGGCUGGAAUCAUAAGUGGGGAUAUUGCCUUUUAUAAGCCAUGCGGAAUGAAUACAGAAUCACUGAAACUGGAAACGACUCACGUCAACAAAAGGUCUGUGAUGACGUCGAAAAGCAACAUCGUUGACACCCCAAAGACUGGCUCGACGGCAUCAAAACCAAAGAAAAAAGUGUCAGUGAAGAUUUCUACUCCAGAACAAAUAUUGAACGAUAUAAUUAAAACAGACUUAGCCACUGAAACGGUUACGCCCCGUUUGAAGCGUACAGAGCCCAAUAUCAUGUCUAUAUCGUCAGCUGAGAUGCUGCCAGUCGCUGUCGUCACUUCAGAUUCGGAUUUACCCCCUACUGGUGGUCAUACUGCAAAGUCAACGGUGAGCUGUCAGUGCGAGACCAGCCAAUCCCUCACGUGUCGCUGCAAUGAUUGCAAAGCUGUUUCUGCUGCAGAAACGUUACAAGUAAGUAAAUCUACAGCGCCACAAGAUACGGCAACUGAAGACAGAAGCAUUGGACCAUGCCAAUAUAGCCAAGAAUUUAUGUAUGAGAAAACAACGUCAACUCAAAAUGAUACAGACAUCAAACAAACCCGGGAGCUGUCGACCCAGGCCCUUAUUAAUCAGUGGUACCAGUCGCAAAUGCUCGUGGAUACAGGGACAGCUCCAAUUGCCGUAGAAAACAAGUCUACUUUAGUGCUAACUCCAGUUGAACAAAAUUCUGCUUCAGUAGUCACGUCACUAAACAAGAAAACACAGUCUACCAAUCUAGAAAAGGGUAGUGAAACAACCGUGCAACAUGCGUCUGUAGCGAUCAACACGAACUUGGGCGUAGAAAGAAGAUCUGUCGGUCAGUCAUUAGCUGAUGUUUUCUCGAGGAAGACAUUGCACAAAUCUAUGAUCGAUACCUGGGCGCAGUACAGUCAUAUUUUGGAACAAAGCAAUGAAAAACAUUCAAUUAAGUCGGCUCGCAUCGGGCACAGUAAGCUGAUUUCGUCCCAACCGCUGAACGCGUCUUCAAUUGGAUCGAGAGCGACCCGAAGAACCUACUAUGAUAAUGAAACAGAGCCGAUCCUGAUGCCUCCACACAACUCCAUCGCAGUGAUGACCUCAGGGCCCUUCGACGAAGCCUGCGACACUAAAGAACUCGCAGAACAAGUUUUGCUAUGCGGUUGUGCUCGACUUGGAUGUGAUAUAGAAACUAACACGCUCUCAGACGUCAAGCUUAUUCAAAAUACGAAUUGCUCCACCCAAAUAUACCCAAACCGGCGUAGCCAGAAUUUAGAUAAGAGCAUCAGUUGUGCCGACCAAGGCGACCGCAUUAUCAAUACCAGUACUUUCAACCGCGCGCGGCGGUUCGUGAGUUCGCGAGCAAGACCGAGAAUAGACGAUAGAGACCAAGAAGACAAGUCGCGGUCGCUGUUUGGAUCUAAGUCUCUGUCGCAGCGCGAACCACCGCCUCUAUGUUUCUCGUCGUCUCACAGGGCUAGGUUAUUACAGCGACUGUGCGACGGGCGGCCGCAGUGA